CAACCUUGUACACUGCUGGAAAAACGAAGUGCUGACAGACUUCAAGCCACGCCAAAGACUGUUCAUGCAAGAUAAUCUCAACUUUCCAACACAUGUUGUGUUUUAGUAUCAGAUUGAACAGAUUCAAGUUGUGCAUGCAAAUUGUAUCACCAACACCGAAGAUAUUUGGUGGCCUUUUUAACUCUUUUUAACGGAGUUUCGAUGGCGCUACUGCACGCUUAGUCACACGUGCCCCUCUCAUCGUUGUCUUUAUAUGUGUAUAAUCCGUGAUACCGUUGUUAACGGUAUGGACAUGAACGACAUGAACGAGAAGGACGUAUGGAUGUUUAAUGGAGUUCAGGGAAAUGUUUGUGCGGAUUGUCAAUGGUACAAACAGUAGUACAACUGUGGAAAAAAAAACAGUACAUAUUGUGCAGAAUACCGGAAUAAAUAUAAUAGAAUUUAUUAAUCCAAAGGUUCUUCAUAGUACACAGGCAAAGUCAUAGAACAUCGUUGAUAAGAACGAAUAUUUGAUAUCAAUACAACUAUAAUUUCAUAGCGGUAACGACUAUGUACAGGCAUCUUAGUAGAUAUGGUGACGUAGAAGAUAAUUUUUUGACUGUGGAUUCAAAUGUCACUGCUAGAAGAAUACAGAAUAACGUGGUUUCUUCACAGUACCUUCUUUUCUGAUAAGCAGUGAUUUUGGGACUCGACUGUGCCCCUGUCACCAAAUAAAAAGCCUCACUUGACCACAGUUAUUAUAGCUAGUAAGGAAAUAAGGCUCAGUCAGAAUGUUGCUAUGCCUGCUACACCAGUUUCUACCUUCUAAUGGUGUAUGAUGGUCACUGCAAGUUGUCAUUACAGAUCGAACUAAGGAAGCUUAAAAUGGAUUUCAUAAAGCGUGAACCUGAUACAGAUGGAGAAGGAUUCCUAACAUUUUCUUGUAGUGAAAGUCAGCUAAUUGAGGUAAAACAGGAUGAGGAUCCUCUGUUAAUAAAAUUCCCAGUGAAGACUGAUAAUGAGCAGAAUGCAUUGUUGAAAGUAGAAAAUAAUGUGGAUGUUAUGAGUGAAGAAGAUUCCAUUGACAUGAAGAGUGACAGAGUUUAUACGCUGUCACCAUUUUCCAUAGAAAGACCUGAGCCUGAGAGUGCUGUAAAUGAGCAUCAACCUAUGCGUUAUAUUUGUGAUGUGUGUAAUAAAUCAUUCAGAUAUCAUAGUAGUCUGAAGGUACAUCAACGCAUACAUAGUGGGGAGCGGCCUUACUCGUGUGAUGUCUGCAAUAAAUCAUUCUUCCAACGUAGUCAUCUGGAGAGACAUCUUCUCUUACAUAGUGGAAAGCGUGCAUAUUCGUGUGAUGUGUGUACUAAAACAUUCAGUCAGCAGAGUAAUUUGAAGACACAUCAACGCGUCCAUAGUGGGGAGCGCCCAUAUUUUUGUGAUCUGUGUAAUAAAUCAUUCCGAUAUCAAAGUAAUUUGAAAAUACAUGAACGCAUACAUAGUGGUGGCCGUCCAUAUUCGUGUGAUGUCUGUAAUAAAUCCUUUAGAUAUCAGAGUAAUCUAAAGAUGCAUCAGCGCAGGCAUAGUGGGGAGCGACCAUAUUCAUGUGAUGUGUGUAAUAAAACAUUCAGUCAGGAUAGUAAUUUGAAGGCACAUCAGCAUAUACAUAGUGGGAUGCGGCCAUAUUCAUGUGAAGUAUGUAAGAAAACGUUCAGAUAUCAGAGUAAUUUGAAGAUCCAUCAACGUGUGCACAGUGGGGAGCGUCCUUAUUCAUGUGAUGCAUGUAAUAAAUCCUUUUCUCAACCAAGUCAUCUGGAAAGGCAUCUUCUAUUGCAUUGUGGAGAACGUCCGUAUUCUUGUGAUGUAUGUGGGAAAACAUUUAGUCAACAGAGUAAUCUGAAGACCCAUCAACACAUACAUAGUGGGGAGCGUCCAUAUAUCUGUGAUGAAUGUAAUAAGUCAUUCAGAUAUCACAGUAAUUUGAAAAUACAUCAACGCAUACAUAGUGGGGAGCGUCCAUAUUCCUGUGAUGUUUGUAAUAAUAAAUCUUUUUCUCAGUUGAGUCAUCUGGAGAGACAUCUACUCAUGCAUAGCGGAGAGCGUCCAUAUAUUUGUGAUGUGUGUAAUAAAGCAUUUAACCAACAGAGUAAUUUGAAGAAACAUCAAGUAAUUCAUAGAGGAGAGCGUCCAUAUUCUUGUCGUAUGUGCAAUAAAUCAUUCUCUCAACAGGGUUGCCUGGAGAGACAUGAAAAUGUUCAUAGCAUUUAACAGCCAUAGCCUUGUGAUGUGGUAAGUAAUUGAGGCAGUAGAAUACUAAUCUGGAGACAUCAGUGCAUACACAUGGAAUAUAUUUAUAAUCUUGUGGUGGGUGUAAGGGUGCUAAUCUUUCUCACCUAAGAUAUCUGAAGUGUUAUGUCCUCAUGCACAUUGUAGAGUGUUCAUCCAAAGGAUCAUUUUGUUUUCAUCAAAAGACACUGGUAUUCUUGUAAGAUGCAACAUUUUAUUUAUUGAACAAUUUAAUUUUGUCAGAAUUAGAGCAAUUUGUACCAACUCCAUUAUUUUUGCAUCUGGAAUGAUUGUGCACACAGGAAAUACAGUUAUUAAUGUGAAA